AUAUAGCAGAAGAACACAUUGUAGGGAGGACAGAAGAAAAAGAGAAAGUAGUGGCCUAUUUGCUUGAGGCCAUGUCAGAAAAGAUCGUCAUCCUUCCUAUAUAUGGUAUUGGAGGCAUUGGCAAGACAACUUUUGCAAGACUGAUUUAUAAUGAUCCAAAGUUCAAUUGUUAUUCUCAAACUUCUGAAGCGUACUAUAAACAAGCUACGUUUUUCACCAUGCACGAUCUGGUGCAUGACUUGGCAAUUUCACUCCUUGGCAACCAAAUUUUGGACCAGAGCAAACAAGGCAAUACAAGGGGAAGCAGCUGCCAAUAUGCAUUGCUCAGGGAUUGUAGCAGGCCACUGGAGUAUUACGGCCCUUCCGAAGACAAUUGGAGAACUGACAAGGUUGAGGCAUCUUGAUCUAUCAGACUGUUACAGCAUACAUGAAUUGCCAGUCUCAUUCAGGAAUCUAGAAAAUUUGGCGCAUCUGGAUUUGUCAAAUACCUAUAUCAUUAGAGGUGUAUCAGAAUCGUUGCAGAGCUUGAGCCGAUUGGUGCAUCUGAACUUAUCAGGAUUUGCAGACAUUGAAGACCUGACAGGAGCAAUCAGCGGCCUCACAGGUUUGCAAUAUUUGAAUUUAUUAGAAGUGGACUACAGUGAUGGAUUACAACAAGCCCUCAUCAAUCUCACUAAACUCCGGUAUUUAAAUUUAGGAAGAAAAAAUUAUUUUCAUGUACGAGAUGAUGAAGCUGGGUUUGACAGUUUACUUGAGUGUGUCUGUAGCCUAUCCAAUCUAGAGUACCUUAAUUUAGCUAGGAAUUUAAAUCUGCGUACUAUACCUGAAAGCAUUGGGAACCUCAGAAAGCUAAAUACACUAGACCUCUCGCAUUGCAUAAAUCUACGGAGGCUGCCAUCAAGCUUAUCAGCAAUUAGUGAUCUGAGGUUUCUACAUGUAACUUAUUGCUCGAAGCUAGAUAAAUCCACUCUACCUCAGAAUAAGGAUCGUUCAGCCUUGCUACCGAAUUUUGUGGUUCAUGCUGUUGAUGGUGAAUCCAGCAGCAAUCUUUCUGAGCUCGAGGAUAAACAUCUAACCUUGUUGGAUAUAAGCAGGCUUGAAAAUGUGAAGUCUGCAGAAGAGGCAAAGAGAAUAAAACUGGGGGAAAAGCAGAGUAUUGUAAGGCUAGAAUUGGCAUGGACUAGGGAUGCCAAGAGAUUUGCAGACGAUAGGGAAGUUUUAUCAGAACUGGUGCCACCAGACACGAUAGAAACAUUAACACUACAAGGAUACAGUAGUAUUUGCUUUCCAUCCUGGAUGAUGAGCAUUGCUAUUUAUCUACCUCGCCUGAGCGAUGUUACCCUGCGGGACUUGCCCAGUUGCAAUGUCCUACCACCACUUGGUCAGUUACCAAACCUGGAGUCACUGAGGAUCGGAGGAAUGGACAGCAUUAGGAAGAUUGAUGGGGGCUUUUACGGGUGCAGAAGUGCAUUUCCUCGACUUCUUGAGUUUGCCAUAUCCCGUAUGGAAUGCCUGGAAGAGUGGAAUGCUGAGGAUGGUUUGAAUGAGCUCGCGUUCCCAAAACUAUGGCAGUUGAGUAUAAAUCAUUGCCCCUUGUUGAGGUUCAAAGCGUGUUGGCCUCCAGCUAUGCACGUGACCAUAGAUAGUAGUGACCAAAUACUAUUAUCCACAUGGGAGGACAGAGAUCACUUCAGUGCUUCCUCCUCUACGGCAACCACCUCGCUUCACGUGAAAUGCUGUGAGGUGCCUCUGCAUCAGUGGAGCUUGCUGCGUCACCUCCCCUGCCUCGAAUAUUUAAAGAUUACUGACUGCAGUGAUCUCACAUGCAUCUCAACAGAUUUGCUUCAAUGUAUCUCCUCCCUCAAGAUUCUGACUGUGAAAUAUUGCAAAAACGGCACUGUGUCGCUGCCGGAGAGGUUAGGAGACCUCACCUCUCUCACGCAGCUCGUGUUACGCGAUUGCAGUGGCAUCAAGAGUCUACCAGAGAGCAUACAACAACUCACACGCCUCCAACGGCUAAAAAUUAAUGGCUGCCCUGGACUAGUUCAGUGGUGCGAAUCAGAGGAGAAUAAGAUAAAGCUCGUUCACAUCUUUGAAAAAAUAUUGGAUGGUUAUUAUUUGUAUAACUUUUACGAUGAACAAUCCGGUUGUUUGGCGGCAGUGAGGGAACAAAAACUAGAGAACAAAGGUAUCUUUUUUUCUUUUCAGAACAAUGGUGGAUUUCCUAAGGCACAAGAUGAUGAGGCUUUAAAGCAAUGGGGGAAAUACCUUAAGCUGUCAACAGAUUUUGAAUCGUCAACGUCAAAGGAUGAAAAGAGUGGUGCACGUGAUGCAAGCCAUGAUGCCAACGCACGGUUGGCUUUUCAGAUAUUGGAUGAUGAGCUGUUACGUGUGACCAGGACUCGGAGCACAAUGCCGAGGGAACAAAAUCUAGAGAACAAAGGUGGAUUUUCUGUGGCGCAAGAUGAUGACAGCAAAUAUGAACGUGAUUUAAAGCAAUGGGGGAAAGACCUUAAGCUGUCAAGAGAUAUUGAAUCGUUAAUGACAAAGGAUGAAAACAGCGGUGCAAGUGAGGCAGGCCAUGAUGCCAACGCAAUAGAGGACCGGCCAGCGCAACAAUUCAGCCUGGGAAGCUGGAUCGGCUCUACUACUACGCCUCAGAUGCUGCCUGUUGCUGGUCCAUCCAGCAGUGCUGCACACCUCACCAGAAGUCCCUCCAACGGCUCUAUAUUGGGCUACAUGAACAAAGGUGGAUUUUCUGUGGCGCAAGAUGAUGACAGCAAAUAUGAACGUGAUUUAAAGCAAUGGGGGAAAGACCUUAAGCUGUCAAGAGAUAUUGAAUCGUUAAUGACAAAGGAUGAAAAGAGCGGUGCAAGUGAGGCAGGCCAUGAUGCCAACGCACUAGAGGACCGGCCAGCGCAGUAAUUCAGCCUGGGAAGCUGGAUCGGCUCUACUACUACGCCUCAGAUGCUGCCUGUCGCUGGUGCAUCCAGCAGUGCUGCACACCUCACCAGCAGGUCCUCCAGCACUUCCCCCUUUGGUAUCAGUCUCCCUACGCUGCGACCCAGCACUCCUGGUUCCAUGUACACCUUCACAGCCACCGCUCGUCUGCACCUGCCUCUGCCAUCGACGGCAAGGACAAAGGAUGAAAACGAAGCAGAUGAAAGGCGGUUUUCAGGGGGACUUACUGGAUCAGAGAGUGAUCGUUGCUGUUUAAAGAGGAAGAGAGAAAUGAGCUAAAAAAAAGGAUGCAGGAUUCUGGAGACUACUGUCACAGAGCUUUUCAACUUUUGUUGGAAAUUCAGCUAUAGGAUUCAGGCUUAGCUUUUGAUCCUGUUUGCUUUUGUUUAAAACUUUUCCUUUGAUGGUGCUUGUAGUCUAAGUACUACUUUGGUCCGUACUGUGUGAUGCUGUAUACAUCCAUGAAACUACGGGCAGAAAAGAAAAGCUUCUAUUAGCUCCUUUGAAAUCUGCAGAAGAGUUCAGAUGUGACAUACUUAGUACUGUAGUUGCUAGAUGAUGCAUCAAAUUGUUCCUGAGAAGAAAUUUUGUUUCUGUUGAAUAUAUAUUUGUAUAAUUCAUAAAGCGAUCAUUUCAGUA